GCGCUGCCAGAAAAGAGCUGACGAGCCGACUCAUUGUCUGGACUCACAAUGACCCGGGUCAUCUGUGGGUUAUAAAGGCAGCACGGCGCCCACAGCGACCGCUACAGUGUGACCGAGGUUAGCCGUCAUUAUGGGUAAGAUAAUCUUCUACGAGGACAAGAACUUCCAGGGCCGCUCCUACGAGUGCGGCAGCGAGUGCUCCGACCUGCACUCGCACUUCAGCCGCUGCAACUCCAUCCGAGUGGACAGCGGCGACUGGAUGGUCUAUGAGAGGCCCAGCUACACCGGCUACCAGUACUUCCUGAGGAAGGGAGACUACCCCGACUACCAGCGCUGGAUGGGAUUCAACGACUGCGUGAGAUCGUGCCGCCUGAUCCCCACGAACCAAGGCUCCCACAAAAUGAUGAUCUACGAGCGACCGGAGUUUGGAGGCCAGAGGAUGGAGCUGACCGACGACUGCCCCUCCCUGUUCGAACGCUUCCACAUGAACGACGUCUACUCCUGCAACGUGAUGGACGGCCACUGGAUCUUCUACGAGCACCCCCACUACAGGGGACGCCAGUUCCUGAUGCGCCGAGGGGAGUACAGGAGGUUCAACGAGUGGGGCAGCUCCAGUCCCAGGGUGGGAUCCAUCAGACGCAUCUCCAUGUGAGAGAGCUGAUGUCUGUUUAUGUGAAGUCAGUAAAACACUGUCAAUAAAGAUUUACGAUAGCUAA